AUGGUGAAAAUGCAAUGUAAAAUAGUGUUGGUUUUAGCAGCACUAUUGGGGUGCUUCAUGAUGGGAUCUGUAAGGGCAUUCACUCAUAUUGUUGGAGGACGCUAUGGGUGGCGUGUGCCUGUAAAUUUGACAUUUUUUGAUGAAUGGGCCAAGCCAAGAACCUUUGGAGUUGGUGAUAAACUUGUUUUCCCAUCCAGGCCAUGUGGGAACAACGUUGUGUGGGUGACCAAAGACGACUACGAACAUUGCACUCAACACAACAUCAUAUGUACUUUCUACGAAGGGCCCUUAGUCCUCAACCUCACUCAAAUUGGUGACUACUAUUUCUACAGUGGUGUGGGAAAGCACUGUGAGGCUGGCCACAAACUCCACAUCACUGUUGGCAACAAGGAAGGCUAUUCUGGCAACGACCACCCCUUUAAGUUGUUCGACUCCGAACACGGCGCCUCUCUGGCUGAUUCCACCCUCAACGCCGCCACCCCCGCCACUGCCACCGCCGCCUCGUCCAGGCCUCAAGGCGGCAAGCACUCCUCGGCCACCGCCAUGAGGAGUAUUGGCACGGUGUCCACUACUACUUUGUUGCUAACUUAUUAUUUCUUCUUAUGUUUGUUCAUCUAA